AUGGCAGUAGCCUUGACACCAAAUGAGCAAGCCGCAUCCAUAGUUUCCACUGCAUUUUACGAAUUAGGAUUCCUGUGUGGUGGAGAUGGUACUACUGGGGAAAUACAGUGGCUUGGAGCUUUUUAUUGGAGUUGUUGCAGCUGUGACAAUUGGGUUUACAGUCCUUUUUGCAUUUGCCAUUGGCAGAUACGACAAGAGACUAAUUCCUGCACUUCCAUUACUUGCAACAGAGGAUUCCUGUGUGGUGGAUAUGGUACUAUUGGGCAUGUCCAGUGGCUUGUGGCUUGGAGCUUGUAUGGAUUGCUUGCAUCACAAUAUGGAGAUUUAAAGAACGUACUCGACAAUGUAGCUGAUGAACUCUUCAGCCUCCCAAAAGAGACCAGAAAGCAGAAAACUAGCGAUAAACCCUUCCAUGAUUACUUUGGAAACUAUCCUGCCUUUCCCCUCUAUGAGUCUAUACCUGUUGAAAACCCAACUCUUGGAGGAACUCAAAAGGUGACAGAUCUCAUGUUUCCUGCAGGAAAUGAUCGAUUUAGCAAAAGUGUCCAUGCAUUUGGGAAGCUACUAGUGGAGUUAGAACAACUGGUGAGGAGAUUGAUUUUGGAAAGUUAUGGCAUAGAGAAGUACUAUGACUCUCAAAUCGAAUCAUCUGAAUAUCUGCUACGCUUCUUCAAAUAUAGAAUUCCUGAGACCAACGAGACUAAUGCCGGUAUACCCCCUCACACAGACAAGAACCUGGUGUCCAUACUUCAUCAAAAUCACGUCAACGGCCUGCAAGUUAAAAACAAGGACGGAAACUGGGUUGAUCUAGAAUUCUCACCAUCAUCUUUUGUGUUCUUGGCAGCUGAAGCGCUGGUGGCAUGGAGUAAUGGAAGGAUAAGGUCUUGUGAGCAUCAAGUCAUCAUGAAAGCCAAGGAAACAAGAUACUCGAUGGGAAUGUUUUCGUUUAAUAAGGGGAACAUCGUUGUACCUGAAGAGCUUGUAGAUGACUUACACCCUUUACAGUAUAAGCCAUUCGAUGUGUACGAAUACCUUCGGUUCAGUAAAUCAGAAGAAGGAAUGAAAGUGAAUGGUUCCAUCAAAGCUUUCUGUGGUGUUGAAGCACUAUCAAUUAAUAACUAAGAAUUACAGCUGCAGAUUUGCAGUGUGGGAGUCUCUUUUUCUUCAAAAUCAAGAUAUUGCUGUUUGCCUGCUGAAAGUGUUGUGAAUAAAAAUUUGGGUCUUCUGUUAAUCCAUAAUUUCUGCAUAACUCAUGCAAACUCAUCUCCGGAAAUUACUUGAUCCAGUAUAUAUAUUUGUGAUGUUAGUUUGUUUAUGCAAAAGUGGGUGUCUUUUUUAUCAAUUUUUUUGGGUGGUUCUCACAGAAAUAUUGUACUUGCUGAAGAAUGUUCUUCUUAUGCAAAUGUUUCCAUUGUUGUGGGGGUAGCUGAUGCAGCUGGGUUCAAAGCUGCAACAGUCAUUGACACAAAAGAUCGAACACCUGCUCUGCAACUCAAAUACAGCUCAAAUUGAUUAAAAUUUCCCAUGAUUUAGCGACAUUAAAAAAAAAAAAAAAAAACCCAACAAUUGCAAACAAACUAUUCACAAAAAUCAGAGCCAGAGGUCAUAAAAUCCUAAUUUUCAUUAAUGUAUAACAUUGCGAAGAGAACAUAAAGCAAGAAACAACUAACCAACAAAGAGAACAAGAACAAGGAACUUAAUAAUCACCGAUACUCAGAACUCAGAAGAUUUAACAAAUCCAAAGAGUGAUGAAGGGGAUUGGGUCAUCAGCAACAUGGAACAUCUCAAUGGAGCUUCGCCAUUGUCUUUCGAAACGAAAGCGUGUACAAAUUCUGCUCAGAGGAGAUACUCCAACGGCUACAAAAGUUGAAUUUGAACGUAUAAUUGGCUGACGUGGCGGUAUCGUGC